AUGGCAACCACCGAUGCAAACAUCCCCACCGCCAGGACCCAGGUACCCCUCGAUGACGUCACGGUCCAGAAUGCCGCCCGCACUAUCCAGAGGGCAUAUCGCGGCCAUCGCAGUCGCCGUGAGCUGCGCGGUCUAGGACUCGAUGCGUCAACGCGAUGGGUUGAGGCCGUUAAAGAUGCCGAAUGGCACCUCCUUCAUCGGCCCACCGCGCCCUCCUCCGAGACCAACAACACCCCGAAAGGCCAAGCCCGACUGAACUGGAAACGCGCUGUCAGCGUGGCCAAACAAGCCGGCGGCGACGACAACACCGACCUCGGCCCAACGCCCACAUCGCCUACCGAUGGCAGCCCUCGAUCAUCAUGUCAGUCGCAGCCGAUUUCGCCCACCAGGACACGCCCGCAUGACCUCCCGCCCGGUACGUCCGCGAAGACGAUGGGCCUGCAGUACUUUUUGGAAAUGGUGGACCUGAAACAUCGGCAUGGGAGUAACCUGCGAAAAUACCAUACCUAUUGGAUGAACUCGCCGUCGAAGGAGAAUUUCUUCUACUGGCUGGACCAUGGCGAAGGGAAGGACUUAGAGUUGCCGAAAUGUUCCCGUGAGCGGCUGAAUCGGGAACAGGUGCGGUAUCUGACCAGGGAGGAGCGAAUGAAUUAUCUGGUCAAGGUGGAUGUGGCGGGGCGAUUUCGCUGGGCGAAGAAUGAGGAGCUGGUGUGCACAGAUACUACGAGCUUCAAAGAUAGUUUGCGAGGAGUGGUGCCGGUCGAGGAAGAUGCGCCGCCGUUCAAAGGGAACUCCACGCAUGCGCCGUCGUCUUCGUCUUCGUUGUCCUCGUCUGCAGAGGAUUCCGAUUUGGUGGACUCGGACUCUGAUUCGGCGGAGUCGUCGUUGAGUUCGUCUAGCGGUGAGAUAGAGAAACUGGAGAAAGAUGACUAUCAGUCGGCGAAAUUCGUAAAGCGACUGGUUCAUGCGACACCCGGAGGGGUGUUGAAGCAGCUACGGGGGAAAUCUGCGAAAAAGGGCGACAUGUGGAUAUUUGUCGCCGAUACCUCCUGGCGUGUAUACAUCGGAAUCAAAGAGUCCGGAGCAUUCCAACACUCCUCGUUCCUACGAGGCGCUCGCAUCGCGGCGGCAGGAUUAAUCAAGAUAAAGGAGGGACAGCUGCGAAGUCUCGCACCACUCAGUGGUCAUUAUCGUCCCCCGGCUGCCAACUUCCGUGCAUUUGUCCACGCAUUACAAGACCAAGGUGUUGACAUGUCCCGUGUCUCAAUGAGCAAAUCGUACGCCAUAUUGGCUGGAAUAGAGGGAUACGGCAAGGCCAAGCGCACAGUUCGAGCGCUGCAUGAGAAGGUAGACAAUUCGAAACACAAGAUCCAGAGUAGCUUGCACGCGACAGGAGAGGAUCACGACGAUGCGCACGGCAAGGCUUCGACUCACGGUCUGAGUGAGAAGGUUCUGCCGUUCCAUACGAAAACCUCUGAUGCCCAGUCCACUAAAGACAACCAACCGCCACGAUAG